AUGCAUGUCCAUGGCCGCAAUUCCGAUGCUGAGGCGUUCCCAGCGUUGGAUUCUGGAGGAGGCACUCAUACAGGUCCUGGAGAGACUAUGGAUCUGAUUCAAGCUGCCAGAGACAUUCAGAUUAGUGAUGAUGACCAUACACUGGGCUCGAUAUCUCACACUAAUCUUGGCCGCGUACUUGGUAAUCAAUGUGACCUAGCUCAGAUCUGGGCAAAGGUACUCGGUAUCCCUCAGGACACCAUUGGACAACACGACAAUUUCUUUCAACUCGGCGGAGAUUCCCUUGCGGCUUCGCAAGUCUCACACGAAAUCUCCAAGGAUCAGUUCUCGCUCACCACGGAGCAGAUUUUCCUUUAUCCAACAUUAGCCCAGCUCACACAGCUGCCUUGCAUCCCCACAAAGACCAUCCGAGCUGUGGACCAUGGUCCCUUUUCGCUUGUCAAGGACAAAGUGAAAGAUACUGGCGAGUGCAAAGCGCUUCUGGCAGAGCUUUGCAACGUCGCCCCGGAGCAUGUCACCGAUGUCUACCCGUGCACGCCGCUGCAGGAAGGCCUGUUUGCGCUAACCUCGAAAGAUCAGGGCAGCUAUAUCCUGCGAAGCAAGCUCGCUCUUCGGGAAGGGGUUGUUGAUCUUGAGCGGCUGAAGCGAGCAUGGGCUCACACCUGUCGGGCAGUACCUGUGCUCGGCACACGCAUUGUUCACCACGAGGAUAUCGGACUUGUGCAAGUCGUGAUAGACGCGGAGAAAAUUUCGCACGUGGACGAGACGAUAGAAAUGGAAGCUUCUCCUGCUGCAAGCAUGGGGUUGGGCGACUCACUUGCCCGUUGCGCCAUUGUCAUGGAAGAGUCCAUGCCCACCGCGGUAGUCCUAACCCUGCACCACGCAGUCUACGACAGGGCCACACUCCCUAUUAUCCAAGAGAUCUUUGAAAAGUUCUGCCUCGGACAAGAGGUGAAGCAACUGCCACCUUUCCGGACUUUUGUUCAGCACCUAUUGGAACAGUCUCAAGCAGCCGCACUGGGCUUUUGGGAGUGGGCAACUCUCGGUUACAACUCCGACGCUUUCCCGGCCCUUCCUGUCAACGUCCCAGCCGGACGACCGGAUGUAUCUGUAGAACGGAUCAUUUCGCUUGAGAGCCUUCGAAUGGUCCCCAGCCUCCAAAAUGACACAAGAGAGCCUCAGAGAACCAGCAAGGUGACGAUCGCGAUGCAGCUCCGCGCAGCAUGGGCCCUGGUUGUCCAUCACUAUACGAGAGAAGACGACGUGAUAUUUGGCGCGACUCUCUCUGGGCGUUCAGUUCCAGUGGAAAUGGUAGACGAGAUGAUUGGCGCCACGAUCGCAACUGUCCCCGUGCGUGUACGUGUUCCAGCUCUCCCGUCAACCACCAUCGAGGAGUACCUGGAGACCGUGCAGGAGCAGGCAGCCGACAUGAUGGCCUUUGAGCAGACCGGGCUACAGCACAUCGCACGGAUCAACGACGAGGCGGCACGAGCAUGCAAGUUCCAGACCAUGUUUAUCGUGCAGCAAACGCAGGAAGACAAGAGAGAGACUGGAGAAGGCGAGACAGCCGUUGGUGUUUGGCUCAAAACCACGCAGCUGGACGAGGUCGCGACCUAUCCGCUCGUUAUUAUCAGCACGAUAUCGAAAACCGAAGUCACGGUCGUUGCGCACGUCGACUCUCGGGUUCUGGAACCAUGGAAAGUGGAGAGGAUGCUGGCACGACUAGCUUACACGAUGGAGCAGGUUAACCAGCUUCCGGUUGACACCAGCCUACAUGAGUUGGACGUGCUCAUGCCAUAUGAUCUCAACAUGAUUUGGGAGUGGAAUCAAAGUAUCCCCAGAGCGGUUGGCAGAACCCUUUCCGAGGUAGUCGCUGAAAGAGGCAAGGAUGACCCAUCCCGAACCGCCAUUGACGCCUGGGAUGGUAGUAUCUCUUACUUGGAGCUGGACACGAUGACGACACAGUUUGCCCAGGAUCUCGUGGUUGCCGGUGUGCGUGUGGGCGAUUUCGUGCCCUUAUUCUUUGAGAAAUCCAAGUGGGCGGUCGUUGCCAUGCUCGCAGUCAUGAAAGCAGGCGCUACGUUUGUCCCUUUGGACCCCUCUUCGGGCGCAGCAGAUCGUAGAGCACACAUUCUGGGACAGAUUGUGGCCAAGGUAGCUCUCACCUCCCAACUGUACGCCGAUAUUGUCCUGGACUCCGCUACUCGAAAAACAACCAUAAGCCUCGAUUCACUCAACAAACUCGCGAAAGAGAAUGCGUACACCACAGCUGUUCAACACUCUCUGCCCCGUGUCCCGGAAAGCACGAACGCGUACGCCAUCUUCACCUCAGGCAGCACAGGCCAGCCCAAAGGCGUGCUACUUCCACAUAGCGCCAUUGUCACUAGUUUGAUCCAUCACGGCGCAGCUAUCGGGCAUAAUCCCAGCACUCGGAUGCUUCAAUUCGCAGCAUAUACCUUCGACGCCUCCAUACAUGAAAUUUUCGCGACGCUCAUUUUCGGCGGCACAGUCUGCUGCCCCUCUGAGUUGGAUCUACGCGACGACUUGACAGCCGCCGUUUGCAAGACGAGUGUAAAUACCAUCGUGAUCACGCCAUCUGUGGCUCGCCUCAUCGACCCGCUUGAGGCUUCUUGUAUCAGCAAAGUCCUAUUAGCGGGCGAGACGCCAAUGGUGGAAGAUUUAGACAUGUGGCGGCAUACAGAACUCUUUCAGGGGUAUGGGCCAACAGAGUGCGCGGUACUGUGCACUGUUGGCCUCAUUGAGAAACAAGAAAUGGGAGGUAUCGAUGGUGCCAAGAUCCGCGAGAUCGGCGUCCCGACCGGCUGCGCCGCCUGGAUCGUGGAUCAGAACGAUCACGAAAAGCUUUUGCCCAUCGGGGCAGUGGGUGAGCUCUGCUUUGAGGGGCCAAUCCUUGCAUCGGGUUACUUGCUCGAUGAGCAAAAGACGACAGCGGCAUUCAUUGAAGACCCGCCGUGGCUGUUGAAGGGUAGCCUCCGGGCACCAGGCCGCCAUGGCAGGCUCUACAAAACAGGCGAUCUAGCUCAGUACACCGCCGACGGGCGGCUUCUGUACGUAACGCGGAAGGACACCCAAGUCAAGAUUCGCGGCCAGCGGCUCGAGUUGGCUGAGGUUGAGUUCCAUAUGCUGGCAUCCCUCGGUCCGAAGGCCAAGUGCGUUGUCGCUGAAGUGUUGCGAGCUCCUGGAUCUGAGUCCCACGCUGUCACCUUGGCAGCAUACGUGGUCCCCAAUUCUCCGAAGGAUACGACAACGUCACGCGACGGAAGCUUCGACUUGAAGCCAUAUGAGAUACCGCACCUGGUCAAUGAAGAGCUGGCUCGACGUCUACCUAGCUACAUGAUCCCAGACGUAUGGGUGGCGAUCGACCACCUACCCUUGACGACCUCAGGCAAGAUAGACCGACGAAGACUUCGCGACGCGGCGAUUCUCUACUUAUCCAGUAUCAGAUUCCUCGGUAACAAUGGUGAUGGCCUCGAUCGAGACGAUAGUUCCAUGCCAUCCACAAAACAGGAGCUCGCUCUGGCUGGAUUGUGGGCCCGCCUACUCGGCCUCAGAGACACAAACCGUAUCAGAAGAGACGAUCACUUCUUCAAACUUGGCGGGGAUUCAAUAGCGUCCAUGAAACUCGUCGGUGCGGCACGCAAGCAGGGGCUUGUGCUGACAGUCGCGCUCAUCUUUCGUCAUCCCCGACUUGCAGACAUGGCUGCCCAAGCACAAAGAGUGCUGGGUGAUGAGGGUCUUUCUGAGCAGGCCGUGGAUGAUGUUGUCAGGCCUUUCUCACUACUCUCCUUGGAGUCUGGCGAUAUAGUACAGUUUCAAAACUUUGCUGCUCAUGAGUGUGGCCUGGACGUCCGCUCCAUCGUCGACGCCUACCCGUGCUCAUCGCUUCAGGAAGGCUUGCUAGCGCUGAGCUCGGCCAGGCCAGGCAAUUAUACCUUGCAAAGUAUCCUAGAGCUAUCGGAUGAAGCGGAUGAAACAAGAGUUCGGACCGCGUGGGAGCAGACUGUUCAAGAUUUCCCCGUGUUGAGGACUCGGGUCAUCCAACACAGCGUGCAUGGGCUCACCCAGAUCGUUACCAAGGCAGAGUCAAUCUGGCAGAGGGCCGAAGGUCUCAAUCUAGACCAAUAUCUCAAAAAGGACAAACUCGAGCCAAUGGAGCUCGGGAAAUCUCUGCUUCGCCAAUGCAUGGUUACUGAUAACGACACUGGCAAAAGGUCUCUGGCGAUCACGAUUCACCACGCAUUGUACGAUGCAGAGUCCAUGGAUAUGGUUCGCGAGCGGUUCAAGCAGCGCUAUGAGAACGCCUCGAUCCUGGUUGAGCACUUCAACUUCAACCUUGCUGUAAGGCACAUGGUGAAGAUGGAUCUGUCCCUGGCGACUAUGUUCUGGCAGCAGUAUUUCAGCGGCUACAGUGGUAGUUGUUUCCCGCCUGUCCCGCAAAGCGACAAGGGACAGCUCGCAAGUGACACGGUUGAGACCAGUCCUGUUUCGCUCCAGCAUGGACCGAACAUACACAGUGCUGUGACCAUCGCAUCACUGGUGAGAGCGGCGUGGGCAUUUGUCGUGAACCAACACACCGGCAAUGACGACGUCGUGUUCGGUGUUCUGCUCUCAGGGCGCAACAUGGCAAUCCCGAAUGUUGGCAACAUUGUCGGCCCAACUAUCGCAACUGUGCCUUGCAGGGUGCAUGUUCCAGCACUACGCAGCUCCCAGUCUACAGUGGUUGAGUUUCUCCAAGAUGUGCAGAACUCUGCAACCGCUAUGAUUCCCUUCGAGCAGACAGGCCUACAGCACCUUGCCAAGGCCAGCGAUUAUGCAAAGAAGGCCUGUGACUUUCAGACUCUGCUCAUUAUCAAUGCUGAGAAAUCCGGUGUUACGGAGUCAGACCAAACGCAAGCCGUCGGAAAGUGGGUACAGACCUUUGACACGCGCGAAUUCACGAGCUACGCCUUGACGGUCGAGUGCACAGUCUCGGCAGAACGUACCAUCAUGUUGCGAUGCUGCUUCAAUGGGGCUCUUGUAGAAGAGUGGCGGGUUCGCUCCAUGGUGGAACAGACUGCCCAUGUCAUCCAGCAGUUCAGCACUGCGGGUACGCAACAACGUCUGGCAGACCUCGAAACACUCACGCCGACUGAUCGGGUGAAAAUCUGGCAGUGGAACAAGUUGAAGCCCCCUACGAUCGAGGAGUGCGUGCAUGAUAUUAUUGCAAGGCAAAUCAACCUACCACGCGGCACUGUUCUGGCACAUGAAGUGCUGGCUCUUGGCGCCCGCAAAGGUGACUUCAUCCUUCUAUACUUUGAGAAGUCGGCCUGGACCGUCGUCGCGAUGCUCGCAGUAAUGCGUGCUGGCGGUGCUUUCGUUCUGGUUGACCCUUCCCUCCCACAGACUCGUGUAGCAAGCAUCGCCCGACAGUCUGCUGCGAAUCUGGCUCUCGCGAAUGCUUCGACAGCAGUGAAUAUCUCAACAAUUGUCGAUCAAACUGUCGUCGUUGACAAAAAUUUACUUGAGACAAGCUUCGAAUCAGUUCGUGGUCGUCCUCUGCCCACGAUAUCGCCGUCAUCCGCAAUGUAUGUGCCUUUCACCUCCGGCACGACCGGCGAGCCAAAGGGGACCAUCAUCCCACACAGCGCCUACGCAUCAACUCUACACUAUCAAGCACAUCGGCUGACUGUGCCCCGUGCGCGCGUGCUCGACUUCUGUCCGUACUCUUUCGAUGCAUGCAUCAUGAACACCGUGAUGACCCUAGCCGUGGGCGGCUGCAUCUGCAUCGCUUCCGAGUCAGCCAGACGAGAUGACCUCCAGGGCGUUAUGGCCGGCAUGGAAAUUAGCUGCAUCCACUUCACGCCAUCUGUCGCGCGGUUGAUCGACUUCACAAAAUUGCCCAAGUUUCAGUCCCUCACCUUGGGAGGAGAGGCACUGCGAGAUAUCGACAUCCGCCGGGUUCCUGAGCGGAUACGAAUCGUCAAUAGUUAUGGUCCAUCGGAGUGUACGCCAACGAGCACGAUAAACGACGACCAGUCGCGUAGACUCGAGUUGUCCAAUAUUGGAAGAGGUGCAGGCACUUGUACUUGGGUUGUUGACCCCGAAGACCAUGACAGGCUUGUGCCAGUCGGUUCAGUCGGAGAGCUGCUCAUCGAAGGUCCGACAGUUGGUCUGGAAUACUUGGGCCAGCCCAAAAAGACAGAAGCCUCCUUCAUAAGUUCGCCCAAGUGGUUGCUUGACGGCUGCGGUAGCGGAUUCCCUGGACGCCAGAGUAGGCUUUACAAGACAGGCGACCUUGUCCGGUACAACCCAGAUGGUGUACUCGUGUACCUGGGCAGGAAGGACUCGCAGACCAAGCUCCGAGGUCAGCGACUUGAGCUUGCGGAAGUCGAGUAUCACGCCCUCGCCGCCAUCGAGGGUGCCAUUGAGGUCACCGCGGAAGUCAUAUGUCCAGAGAAUGACAAGACUGCUGCAGCACUUGCGAUUUUCGUCGUGGUGCAAGAUGGGAAAGUCAGAGAUCCUCUGCCAGUGGCGAUUUCAUUAGCGGCUGAGUCCCUUAUGGCCGAGCAUCUUCCCACGUACAUGGUUCCUACGAUAUGUGUCGUGCUGCCGCGUCUCCCGUUGAGCAAAUCCGGCAAGGUAGACCGCAAAGCUUUACAAGAAUUCGGCUCGUCGUUGACCAAGGCGCAACUCGCACAGCCACACCAGUCUGGGCCCUCAGCGGAACAGCUGCCCCUCACUGAUGCAGAGUGUGCUAUGGCGAGGCUGUUUUCCCGCGUGCUCAGUAUUGACGUGUCGUCUAUCGGAGUGAACGACAGUUUCCUGCGCAUCGGAGGUGACUCCAUCACGGCAAUGCAAGUCUCUGCUGAGGCAAGGAGCAUCGGGAUGAACGUGUCAACAGCAGCAAUUCUCCGGCACAAGACAAUUUCGGCGAUCCUUGCGGCUUCUUCGAGUCUCAAAGCUUUCAAACACCCACGUGAACAAGCGCUCGUGACAGCUACAGAGUACGACGGGAAGACGUUUCCCUUAAGUCCCAUGCAGGAGCUCUUCUUCCGAACACAGCCAGACCCCCGGACUCCCUUCGAUCAGUUCUUCCUCCUCGCGUUGCAGGAGACCACCAACAGUGAUACCCUCCGAAAUGCCCUGCAUCGCUUGAUCUCUGUGCACGCCAGCCUCCGCACCAAGUUUCAGCAGGACGAUAGAGGUAAGUGGGAGCAGCGGAUUGGCCUGGAAGCUAAUGAUUCGUUCCAGCUAUACCAUGUCUCGGGAGUCCACGAGACCGCCGACAUGACUUCGACAAUCACCAUGUGCCGCGGCAGUCUCGACAUUGAACAUGGCCCGUUGGUGGCCGCUGCACUUUUUGAUCUAGGCAGUGGAAAUCAGAACCUCUUCAUCACAAUUCACCAUCUCGUCGUUGAUCUUGUCUCGUGGCGCAAGCUUCUUGAAGACCUUAACACUAUUUUGCGCCAGGACAUUGUUCCCAAGUCCUCAUCGAUUCAAUUUCCAGAUUGGGCGAGGUUUCAAAAGGAAUACAUAAGCACGAUCAAGGCACGCGAUAACGAGCUGCCGUUUCAGAUACACGCGACUGAACACGAUGCUUGGGGCGAAUUUGAUAGAAAUGAGACAGACAGCAUCCAUUUCGAAAUUUGCAGGGACACAACCUCAGCACUCCUCGGAUCUGCCAAUGGGGCAUUCGACACGCGAGCGCAUGAGCUCAUGAUAGCGGCACUCUUCUACUCUUUCAGUUGUACCUUUCCGGAACGGCGUCUACCCACCGUGUACAAUGAAUCACACGGGAGAGAGUCCUGGACGGACAGCAUCGAUGUGUCCACGACGGUCGGCUGGUUCACCACGUUUUCGCCGAUCAAGCUGAUGAACCCCGGUGUAAACCAGUCGCUCGAACUUCACGACAUGGUUCGCCAGACAAAAGAUUGCAUCCGCAGCAUGUCACAUAAUGGAUUGCACCACUUUACUUCAUGCUUUGCCAGCGAAGAUGCCGCGAGCCUGUUCGUGGCCCAGAUGCCUGUAGAGAUCAUGUUCAAUUACUCGGGGCGAUAUCAGCAGUUUGAGCGCGAAGAUGCGCUCUUUCGCAAUCUGCCGCUGGGGGCUGAUAUUUCCGGUCCACUCACGGAUCCCAAGUUCCAAAGAUAUGCCAUUUUCGAUGUCAUGGUCGGCGUGAAUGAGGGGCAGCUUGCGGUAAAUCUCAUGUAUCCGACAAAGAUCAAAUACCAAGACCGGAUCGCUGGAUGGGCUUCGGAGUUCAGAAGAGCACUGGAGACACUGGCACAUGAUUUAGUAUCACAAAAUCUCCAAUGGACACUGGCAGAUUUCCCUGGCGUCUUCCAUUCCUAUGACCAGAUCUCGACUUUCGCCACGGAUACGAUAGCUCAGAUGGGCACCAAAGUCAAGCUUGAGGAUAUCGAAGACAUUUUCCCCACCACACCGAUACAGGAAGGGAUACUUAUCAGCCAGUUGAAACAUCCGCAGAGAUAUCGCACGCGAUUACAUUUGGAAUUAUCCACCACGAGUGGUGCUCUCGAUAUGGCUCUGUUACAGCAUGCAUGGCAGAGCAUUGUUCUCCGCCACUCAAUACUGCGGGCUGUGCUUGUCAGAGACUUCCCUGGAACAAGUCGGAUCAUGCACGUUAUACUCAAGGCCCCAGCUGUUUCCAUCCAUGUCGAAACUAUACCCACUCAGGAACAGCUCCUGGAAGCCCUCGAGACGAGCACGGAGCCGUACUCAGAAUCAGGACUGCAGCACCGUCUUCGCGUAUUUGAGGCAGCCGAGACCGGCAAGCCUUGCCUCGUGAUGGAAUUCAACCAUGUCAUUGUUGAUGGCUACUCGAUCGGCAUCAUGCUCGACGAGCUCAAAGCACUGUACAAUGCUGCUGGCCACAGGCUCAUUGAGUUCUUGCCUCUCGCACAGACUUACCGCGAGUUUGUUUCUUUCAUCGACAAACAAGACACCGCACAAGGUCUAAGGUUCUGGACAGAGUACCUUGCCGAUGCCGUGCCGUGCCACUUUCCGCAAGCUGAAGGCAACGAUAGUUUCAGUGAAGAUCUCGACAGCGCCACUACGGAAAUGACUCCUGUGCUCAAUGUCGACACAACUGGCAUCAGAGGUAUUUGUACGGAGCAUGAGCUCACGCCUGCAACCCUUAUCCACACUGCCUGGGCGUUUGUCCUGAAAGCCUACACGGGAAUUCAGCAGCCUUGCUUUGGUAUCAUCUGUUCCGGCCGCGACCACCCGAUCAAGAAUGUCGGCCACAUUGUUGGACCUCUACUUGGUAUGGUAACGGCAAAGGUACGGCUAGAUGGCAGCAAUAACACUGAAUCAGUAUUGCAAGUGCUACAGGCGGUACAAGCGGACUACCUCCAGACCCUUCCGCAUCAGACGACGCCGCUGGCUUCGGUGCACAGCGCCUUGGGGCUCGGGUCUUCUGCCUUGUUCAAUACGAUCAUCUCAUACCAGAAGGGCGACGGUGAAGCAUUGACCCAGCCUGGGGAAGGGCUUUCCUGGCGCGUUAUUGGCGGUUCCGAUCCUAACGAAUAUGCGAUAUCAGUCCGCGUGGUGGAUGAGCCAGCUGAGAUCAAGAUUAUGCUCGACCAUUCUGGCACACUAAACCGCACCCAAGGUGUUCAACUUGCCGAGACCCUGAGCACGACUCUGAGCUCGAUGAUCAGCAAAAUUCAGGUCGCAACACGAGAAGUCUACAUGCUCGACAGAUCCAGCCUCGAAACGAUCUGGCAGUGGAACAAUGCGGUACCGUCUCCGGUUGAGGAGUGCAUAGACAAACUCAUCGCCCGCCAAGUCACAGUCCAUUCGCAGAAAAUGGCGAUUAAUUCUUAUGAUGGGGACAUGUCGUAUGCUGAACUCGACCAGCUGGCAACACUUCUCGCUCGCCGCCUGUCCAGCGCCGGCAUCGGACCUGGUCAUAUUGUGCCACUUUGUUUCACAAGGUCACGCUGGGCUGUUGUCGCCAUGCUCGCUGUGCUCAAGGCUGGAGCUGCCUUCGUCCCCCUCGACCCUACACAAGCCAUAGGGCGGCGGAACCUGAUCAUGGCACAAGUGAAUGCAACGGUCAUCAUCAUAUCAGAGGACAACGCCCAUUUGCUUGAGAACCAAGGCCGUCAAGUGAUAGCUAUCGGUGCAGCCUCCUGGGAAGCACUCAUCACCACCGCCCCAAACCCGCCGCUGCCCGUCGUCAAGUCCGACCCAUCCACGACCAUGUACAUCUUAUUCACAUCCGGCAGCACCGGUGUUCCUAAAGGUGUUGUCCUGUCCCACAGCGCAGUCAGUACGAGUUGCACCCAUCACGGCCAGCGCAUUGGCUUCACUCCCUCAACAAGGACCAUGCAGUUUGCCUCAUAUACCUUUGACGCCUGCAUCAUGGAGAUUUUUACCACUCUCGUCUUCGGCGGAUGCAUAUGCAUCCCGUCCCCACAAGACCGCCUCGACGACAUUGCAGGCUCCAUCCAGGCAAUGCAAGUCAACACGCUCUUCGCCACGCCCACAGUGGCGAGGCUGAUACAGCCAGAGACAGUCCCCUCCUUGAAAACGGCUAUCAUUGGUGGCGAGAAGUGCUCCCCGGCCGAUUAUUCGCGGUGGCAUGGAUAUCUGGAUGUAGUCCUCCAAGCGUAUGGGCCGACGGAGUGCGCCAUCUUCUGCGCUCUCCACGAUGAAGGUCUUGCAGCUGUAGAAAGGAACUGUAUCGGCCUCCCAGUGGGCACGACAAGCUGGAUUGUUGAUCCUGAGGAUCAUGCCAAACUCAUGCCAAUUGGAGCUGUGGGUGAGUUGGUGGUCGAGGGACCGCAGCUUGCCGAUGGCUAUCUAGGAGACGAGCAGCGCACUGCAGAGGCUUUCAUCUCCGACCCUCUGUGGCUGACACAAGGGUACGCAAAUGAGAGUGGACGAAACUCACCAAGCUUUCUGGGCCGGCGAGGGCGCUUGUACAAGACCGGUGAUAUUGUCCGGUACGUCGGUGACCAAGGCGUCAUGAAGUACUUGGGCCGCAAGGACACCCAGAUCAAACUUAAUGGCCAGCGUAUGGAGCUUGCCGAAAGCGAACACCACAUUAUAGCCUGUGUGCCCGGCCUGGUACAAGUUGCUGUUGAAGUCGCCCAGUUUCGUGGUGGAAGCAACGAGGUGCUAGUCGGAUUCCUCGUUUUCAAGUUGGCGGGUGGCGAGGCUCAGCCAGGGCCACUUGCAUCUUGGACUGGGCGCGAUGCUCAAGACAGCCACGUCGACCUGUACUCAAUGCCUGCAUCCAUCGAGAGCAAGCUUGCAGAGCGCUUGCCGAACUAUAUGAUCCCGACGUUCUGGCUCGCAAUCGACCAUCUGCCAAUGGGAGCAUCGGGCAAGACAGACCGCAAAAGACUUCGGGAAAUCGUGGCUGGCUUCACGGUGUCCCAAGUCGCAAAAUUCGACAGCGAAAGAGAGGGCGGGGGUGGGAACCGCGCUGUGUCCACACGAGCCGAGAAGCAGGUCCAGAAGCUCUGGGCAUUGGUUCUGAACAUUGCAGCGACCAGCAUUCGUGCCGAAGACAGCUUCUUUCGACUUGGUGGUGACUCUGUGGCCGCGAUGAAACUGGCCAGCGAGUCGAGAAAGCUUGGCGUUGCCAUAUCUGUUGCUCAAGUCUUCCAGAACCCUCGGCUGUCCCAGCUGGCAGCAGUCAUCGCUACAAAUGACCAGAGUCCCUCACCGGCAGUCGACGUGACAAAUCCAGAACCGUUCUCCCUGCUUCAAGGAACAAGAGCGGCUAUUGACUCGUGCAAGACCGUUGCAGCCCGCUUAUGCGAGGUCCCAGUGAAUGAUAUUGAGGACUGUUUACCCUGCACCCCGCUCCAGGCGGGACUUAUGGCCCUCACCUCUAAACAGGCUGGCAGCUAUGUGUUGCAGAGCGUCAUGGAGCUCAGCGAUGCAGUCGAUAUUGAGCGUUUUAAGGAGGCCUGGCAGCAGGCUGUCCGCCUCGUUCCGAUAUUGCGGACGAGGGUCGUCCAGUCAGACGAAUUCGGCCUCGUGCAGGUUGUACUUAAGGAGCAAGAUUUUGUCUGGGUCCAUGCGGACGACCUCGAGGCGUAUCUCGACACGGCUAACAAGCGCUCGAUGACAAUCGGUCAGCCACUCAACCGAUAUGCAAUUGUCCAAGAGUCCGAAACCGGUAAGAUGCUGUUUGUGUGGUCCAUCCACCAUGCCCUCUACGACGGCACUUCUGUAGGCUUGCUGCAGGGUCUCGUCUCUCAAAUCUACCAGCAUCAAAGUCCAGGGAUACAGCCUUCCUUCUCCAGCUUCGUUCGCCACAUCAUCAAUCAGGAAUCCGAUGCUGCAAAGGCUUAUUGGGAGGACACUUUCAGGGAUAUAGAGUGCGAACCCUUCCCUCCUGUUCCAGGCAGGAAUCACGAGGUCGUUGCCGAUGCGACCAUGCAAGCUUCUUGCAAAUUGUCGAUGGCCACAAACAUGGAUGCAACCAUCCCUACAAUCAUCAGAGCCGCGUGGGCGCUAGUCGUACAACGCAACACUCGGGAGCGCGAUGUCGUGUUUGGUGCCACGAUGUCUGGUCGUAAUGCACCAUUAGCUGGCAUUGAGGGCAUCAUAGGGCCGACCAUCACCACCGUGCCCGUCGCGGUCCGGGUGGACAGUUCAUCCACGGUUUCCGAGUUCCUGUCGCGAAUUCAGGACAACGCCACAGCCAUGAUCCCCCACGAGCAGACUGGGCUGCAGAGAAUUGCCAAAAUCAGUGACAGAACGAGAGCCGCUUGCGAAUUUCAGACAUUGCUUGUGGUUCAACCUGCGUCAACUUCGAAGGCAUUAUCGGCUACUGCAGAAAUUGGCACGUGGCGUGACAUGGCCCAAACGAGAGAAUUCACCACCUAUGCAAUCACACUCGUUUGUCAGCUCGGGCCAGACGGCUGUGUUGAGGUUAGGUGCAGCUACGACACGUCUGUCAUCACCACGGUACAGAUGGAGAAACUGAUGGGCUGUUUUACCGACUCCAUUCAGGGUCUUGCUACUGCCAAUCCGAAUCGCUCUAUGUCGUCGUUUGACAGACCCAGCGAUAAUGAUGUCAAGAUUUUGCUCUCUUGGAACAAUAUCCCUCCACCAGUAGUGCCGUUCUGUAUUCAAAAUGCGAUAGCGCAUCAAGCCCAACACAACUCGGGGGCAGAAGCCGUAGUCGCUUACGAUGGCAGUUUCACAUACAAGGAACUCGACGAAAUAUCUACGAAACUCGCUUGUCAGCUGGUGGAGUCUGAGGUUGUCUCUAGGGGCGACCUCAUACCUCUCAUCUUUCCCAAGUCUUCGUGGUACGUGGUUGCAAUACUGGGAAUCCUGAAAGCAGGCGCUGCCUUUGUGCCACUUGACCCCUUCCAGCCUGCCGCCCGUCUUGAUUCUAUUCUGCAUCAAAUUAAACCAAGACUCAUGCUGGUCCCUGAGCGCGAUGUCCCAAGGAAGAAACCGGGGGAUUCUGUGGCAGUCAUGCCGGUCGGCCAGGACUGGGCAGAUACCAUUUCCGACAACGUCGGACACGCCAAUCAACUCCCCGCUGUCAUGACGGAGUCAUCAGCAUACGUAAUCUUCACAUCCGGCAGCACAGGUACCCCCAAGGGAGUUGUUGUCGAGCACGCCGCACUGAGAAGUGGCUGUCACCAUCACGGUACCAGAAUUGGGCUCAACCGCCAGUCACGAGUCCUUCAAUUCGCCUCCCAUACUUUUGAUGCAUCAAUUUUUGAGAUCCUCACAACACUCAGUUUCGGCGGAACAGUCUGCAUUCCAUCUGAGGUACAGCGCACCGACGGUUUGGCACUGGCCAUGGAGUCGAUGGCUGUGAACACUGCGCUGCUCACUCCUUCAGUCGCAAGACUUUUGAAACCGGCCGAUGUACCUUCCCUCCAGACUCUGCUUUUCGGUGGCGAGGCACUUGCGGCAAGUGACAUUGUUAGGUGGUUGCCACGCGAAGGGUUGCGACUGAUGAACUUGUACGGCCCGACUGAGACAGCGGUCAUCUGCGCCGCAACAGAAGUCACAUCGGAGAAUGUGCACCUCAGCGGUCUUAUUGGCAAAGCAGUCGGUUCGAUCUGCUGGAUUGUCGAUCAUGAGGACCCGGAGAUUCUCCUUCCCAUCGGCGUCACCGGAGAGCUGCUCGUCGAGGGACCAAUCCUUGCCAGAGGGUAUUUGAACGACCAAGAAAAAACGCAAGCGGCGUUCAUCAGCAGCCCGAAAUGGCGAACCCAACUCUCCUUCCAACAAUCUGGGCUUCCAACUAGCCUCAGCACCACACUUUACCGCACUGGCGAUCUUGUGCGGUUGACCACUGACGGUGAUCUCAUUUACGUGGGCCGCAAGGAUGCCCAGGUAAAAAUCCGUGGAAUGCGUGUAGAGCUCGCGGAGAUCGAGGAGCAGUCUGCGCUGUGCUUGCCCACGGUAGAUGAUCUUGCCGUCGAGGUCAUCAAGAAGAAUGGUGUGCCCAUGUUCAACCAAAUUGUUCUCUUUGUUGCUCUCUCGAAGAAACGCGACGCCGCAAACCAGGUUCCGGAAAACACUUUACUGCAACACGGGAACAUCCAGUAUCUACCUCGCCUCCUCCCUGCAGACCUUCUACACAGUCUUACCGAGAGACUACCGACCCACAUGAUUCCUUCCAUGCUGUUCGAGCUACACAACAUGCCACUAAACAUGGCUGGGAAGACAGACCGCAGAACGCUGCAAGAGAUUGCCGCCGCGCUCACGACAUCCCAACUGGAGACGAUUCGAAGAACUGACAAAAGUGGCGAAAAGCGGGAACCAUCAUCUUCAGAAGAAUUUGCCCUCCGUGCUAUCUGGGCUCGCAUCCUGAACAUUCCCCCAGAGCACAUUGGCGUGGACGACAGCUUCGUGAAGGUCGGUGGCGAUUCGAUCACCGCGAUGCAAGUCUCCUCAUCAGCGCGAGCCGCUAAGAUGAACAUCUCCACACAAGAUGUACUGAAGUACAAGACGAUCAACGCCAUAACUCAGCACUGGAAGGUCAAAUCGACUCAAGCUGCUCUCGUUUCGGCAUCUUCCGAUUACGACAGGGCAUCUGAACUAGGUCGUGCCGCCUUGGCACGAGGCGAAGGAUUUCCCCUGACGCCAAUUCAGCAGCUCUUCUUCCUCCAUCAACAUGAUCCACAUGUCCUCUUCGAUCAGUGCAUAUUGCUAGAACCCAGCAGCACUAUCGACUUCACACGUCUAGAGGAGGCUUUGCUGUGCUUGGUUUCGACGCAUAAAGUGCUUGGCACAAGCUUUGAGAGGUCGUCAACAGGUAGCUGGCAACAGCGCCUGAGGUCACCAGACGAUAACGGGAAGCGGAAAUUUCAUCUUGAGCCGCACCAGAUCCACCAUGACCACGAAGUGACCGACAUUAUCUUACAACAUCGCUCAAAAUUGCAGAUCACUGAUGGACCUCUGCUCUCCGCUGCUCUCAUAGACGAUGUCGAUGGGCGAAGGCAGUACCUUUUUGUCACGAUUCAUCAUCUCGUUGUCGAUCUCGUCUCUUGGAGAAUCAUCCUUGAAGACUUGGAGAACCUGCUUGGCCCAAGCCAGACUCCGAUCGCACCGCCGCCCUUACCAUUUGAGGAGUGGGCAUUCUUGCAGGACUACCAUGUCAGGGCUAAGGUCGAGCUCGUGGAUGAGACUUAUGCGCUUACUAGCAGUCAAGUAUUGCGAGAAUAUUGGGGGUCACCAACCGAACGCAAGCAUUCCGCAGCACUCGUUACUGAGAGCUUCACCCUUGACCAACAUACUACAACGGCCAUUCUGGGCAGCGCCAACCACAAAUUUGCCACAAAACCGGUCGAGCUCAUGAUUGCGUCCAUUCUUUACUCUUUCAGUCAAGUCUUCUCAGAGAGGGCAUUGCCAGUCAUACUCAAUGAGAGCCACGGCAGAGAUGUGUGGGAUCCGAGUCUCGACCUUUCCCGGUCCGUUGGCUGGUUCACGAUCCUAUAUCCGGUGCAAAUUCUCCCAAAAGACAGCGGCGACUUGCUAGAAUAUGUCCAACGUGUCAAGGACUACAUGAGAUCCAUUCCGAACGGUGGCGCAGAUUGCUUUCUCUCUCAGUUCCGGGAUGAAUCUUUAGCACGGGAGUUUGUGUCGAAGGCCUUGCCAGCAGAGAUCAUGUUCAACUACGGCGGCAAAUACCAACAGCUCGAGCGGAAUGGAGCAUUCUUCCGCAACGUGCCAAUGGGGGAUGUAGGUACUCCCGAGCAGUUCCAGUACCGACGACAUGCGGUGUUCGACGUGACUGUCAAUGCCAUGGACUCAUCGCUUGCAUUUACAUGGCUGUUCGAUGAAGGCAUCAAGUCAAGACACCGAGAGAAAAUCGCCAUGUGGAUGAAAAUGUGCCAAAUCGCUUUGCAGUCAAUCGCCAGCCAGCUGAGCUUAAAGUCGCAACGAAGAUGGACUCUGGCGGACGCACCAUCCACUUUCACGUCCUACGGGGACAUCUCGGCGUUCCACGAUACAGUCAUGCCUGAGCUCGGCAUUGCAUCGGUGGAUGAAAUCGACGAGCUCAUUCCCUGCGCGCCGACGCAAGAGGGUAUUCUCAUCAGCCAGGCCAAAGACGUCAGAAGCUACCGCUCAAGGAUCAGCAUCAAGGUCUCAGCCAGGUCCGCCGGCCAGCUGGUCCAUCUGGCACAGCUGGAACGAGCCUGGCGUGCGGUAGUGGCAAGGCAUGCGCUCCUACGUGCAGUCAUCAUCAACGACCAUCCAGGAAGCGGCAAGCCUGCGCAAAUAAUUCUGAAGAAACCACACAUUGACAUUGACAUUGACAGGUCUUCCUCGGCCGAGGCUGCAGCUCUUGUGUUACAACAUGGGACGGACAACUCCAAGUGGCAGCUGCAGCACCAUGCUUCCAUCCACCACGUCAGCGAUGCGGAGGUGUAUUUCGUGCUGGAGAUGAACCACGCUAUCGUGGACGGCCACUCGAUUGCGAUCGUGCUGAACGAUCUCAAAAAUGCUUAUCAUCAAUCACCCACGAAAACGCUGGCGCCGGCAGUCUCUUACAGCGCGUACACCGCAUACAUGUCACGACAACACCAUGCCAAUGAUCUGGCCUUUUGGAAGCAGUACCUCGCCGGUACGCAGCCGUGCUAUUUUCCGAACCUGUCAGAAACCACCAGACCAGCAAAAGAUGACGGCGGAGCCUCAUCUCUGCGCCAGACUUCCGUGCGCGUCGAGGUUCCCAACAUUGAUACUACCGAUAUUCGCAGGUACUGUGCCAAGAAUGAAGUGACUGCUGCGAGUGUUCUGCAGACGGCUUGGGCGCUUGUGUUGAACAAGUACACGGGUGACAAGGCGCCAACAUUUGGCAUGCUGAGCUCCGGCAGGGACCUGCCGAUCGAUGGAGUCGAAGAGAUAUUCGGACCACUCAUUGGCAUGCUCGUCGUGCGCACUGGACUCGCGGAGAAAGAAAGAAAAACCGUGGAUGACCUGGUAAGAGAAGCCGACGCGCAGUACUCGAGAAGCCUGAGACACCAGGGCGUUCCGCUUGCUGCUAUCCACGCCGCUUUGGGUCUGGAACCCGGCGCUGCUCUGUUCGACUCUGUGAUGUCAUUCCAAAGGCGCACUUAUAGCGUGCACCCCGAGAAGGCUGGCGAAGAUGCAUCCGGUGUAAUCUUUGAGGUUGUUGGUGGCAUUGAUCCGUCCGAGUAUGCCAUUUCCAUUCAAGCGGUUGAUAGCACUGAAGCAAUCCGCGUGCUCCUGGACUACCGACUCGAUCUUACUGAUAUCCAAGCCGACCGUCUCGUUGGGACCUUCAGCACUGCCAUUGCCACCAUGGUCAGCAGUGAUCUCAGCUCAUCAUCUAUGUUUAUCGACAGAAAACUGCGCAAUAUCGAUGUCCUCGAUCCAUCCACCAAUAUUCAGCUGUGGCAAUGGAACCAACACCUUCCACCCCGAGCGCUGAAGGCUGCCCACACAGAGUUUGAGCAUCAAGCGAUGUUGGGGCCUUCAAAGACCGCAGUGGGUGCCUGGGACGGCAGUUUCACGUACAGCGAGCUGGAUGAACUGAGCAACAUCCUGGCAAGACACCUGGUGCACGACCUGGAUGUCCGCGUCGGCGAGAUGAUCCCCCUAUGUUUCGAAAAGUCCAAAUGGAGUGUGGUGGCGAUGCUUGCCGUUCUCAAAUCUGGAGCUUGCUUUGUCGCGCUAGACCCAGCGCAGGCGACGACUCGCCGCCUGACUCUACUCGGCGAGGUCAAUGCCCGCUUGGUGUUGGCCUCGGCGCGAUAUGCAUCUGUUGCAGCAUGUGGACAGGACAACAUCACAACACUAGCUGUCAGUCGGGACCUUGUUGAGCGCCUCAUGGCUGAGAACGAAGCAGCCAUCGCGACAAAUCCUGACGCGACUCGUGCGAGAGCCCUUCCAGAGCCUGAUCUCGAUAGCCCUUGCUGCAUCUUGUUCACGUCUGGCAGCACUGGCGUGCCUAAAGGCAGCGUGCUCCCGCAUGUGGCCAUUGCCACGAGCUGCCACGAGCACGGCACGAGGAUUGGCUUCAGCCGUGAGUCGAGAGUACUGCAGUUCAGCGCAGCCACCUUUGACGCCGUGAUCAUGGAAAACCUGACCACACUCAUGUUCGGAGGCUGUAUAUGCAUUCCGUCCGAGGAAGACCGGCUCGGCGAUCUGUCCGGUGCUAUCCACAGGUUGCAGGCGAACACCACGUUCCUGACGCCGACAGUCGCAAGGCUUCUUAACCCAGCAGAUGUCCCCACGAUGCAGACUAUUAUUCUGGGCGGCGAAGAAUGUAGCCUGAAUGACUUUGCACGCUGGCAGGAUCGUACCGUGGUCAUGAAUGGAUACGGUCCCAGCGAAUGCAGCGUGUUUUCUGUCAUGAACACCGGUCCUUCCACGUGGACAGAUGUUGCCAGACUUGGCUUUCCCGUGGCAUGUGCUUGUUGGGUGGCUAACCCCGACGAUCUCGAUCAGUUAGUCCCUAUCGGCGUCGUCGGCGAGCUAGUUAUCGAGGGCCAUGGGCUAGCUCAGGGAUAUCUAAAUGAUCUUGAACGCACCGCCAAGUCUUUUAUUGAGAAACCGAGGUGGUGGCGAUCAAGGGAUCCAGCCACGAACGGCCGAGUUUACAGAUCGGGUGACUUGGUUCGACAGAACAGCGACGGCAGUUUCUCUUUCGUGGGACGCGCGGAUACACAACUCAAACUUCGCGGGCAGCGUAUUGAGCUGAAGGAGGUCGAGCUCCAAAUAUCAAGGUGUCUCCCGUCGGAUGGGUCCUACAGCGGGGUGGUUGCUGAGGUUUUCACGCCGGCUUCAUCAGCAAUGAAACCGCUGUUAGCUGCGAUCCUUGUUGCUGGGAAAGACAACGAUCAUACACUCAACAGCAACAGUGCAACGGCUGUCGAUGAGCCAAUUAAGGUACUCGCCCAGAGUCCAGUGCCCGCCGAUGUCUUGUCGAAGAACUUGCCGAGGUACAUGUUGCCUGCUGUAUGGUUCCAGAUCUCUGAAUUGCCCUUAACUACAUCGGGGAAGACGAACCGCAAGCAAUUGCGCGACUUGGCCUCGCGCUUUUCGUUGGCGGAGCUGGCCUCUCUACGACGAGCGGACGAUGCAAAAUCCCGCCUCGGUCCACAGACAGACGUCGAGCACCAACUAGCCACGUUGUGGUCGAUGAUCCUGGAAUUACCACUUCACGAUAUAGAUGUCCGUGACAACUUCUUCAGCCUGGGUGGCGACUCUAUUUCCGCGAUGCGGCUCGCAAAUGCUGCGCGCAAAGCUGGCUUGGAAGUACCAGUAUCGCAAAUCUUCCAGAACCCAAUCUUACGCGAUCUUGCAACACAGGUUGCGCAGUGUCUUCGUAGUGCUGGAGCUCUCUGGUCAGAUGGGAACGACACUUUACCUGCCUUCUCACUGCUCGGGCCUAACGUCAAUAUACCGGUAUGCUGCAAGGAGGUCGCUGACCUGUGUAAUACAACUCCAGGUGUCGUGCAAGACAUCUACCCAUGCACACCCAUGCAGAAGGGGCUCAUGGCACAGACGAUCCAGUCUCCUGGAGACUACGUGCUGCAAAACGUCUUGAAGCUUGCAGCGCCUAUCGACAUGUCACGCCUGCGGGAGACCUGGGAGUCUGUUGUAGGCCGAAAUUCGAUCUUACGCACCCGGAUCGUGCAGCACGACGAUUUUGGUCUGUUACAAGUGGUCAUCGACCAAGACAUCCAGUGGCAAGAAUGGUCCGGGCUCGAUGACUAUCUGGUACAGGAUAAGUUGCAGGGCAUGAGACUCGGUUGCCCGCUUGCACGAUAUGCAAUCGUUACUGAGGAAUGCAGUGACCAGGCCUGGCUUGUCUGGACCAUUCACCAUGCUCUGUACGAUGGCGGCUCUUUGCCACUGAUAAAGGCUCAGAUCGAAGAGAGUUACAAUGCUGAAACAGCGAUGUCCUCGCCAGUAGCCGACUUCAACCUCUUCGUCAGGUACAUCCUCGGCCACGACAAGCAAAAUGCUGCAUCAGAAUUCUGGAAGACAACAUUUGAGAACUUCGACUUGCCAACAUUCCCUGCCCUUCCCAAUGCUGGGCACAAAGUCGCGGCCGACGCACUGAUCGAGCGUGUAUGUGCCAUACGCGCACGAGAAAGCACGCACAGGAGUGGCGUGACCAUAGCUACGACUCUGCAGGCCGCCUGGGCUCUUACUGUCAAUCGCCAGACUGGUACCCCAGAUGUUGUCUUUGGCAUGACUGUAUCCGGCCGCAAUGUGCCACUUCCGCGCAUCGAGGAGAUUGUCGGCCCCACGAUCGCCACAAUCCCUGUGCGUGUGAAUGUGCCCAUCACCCCCACGGCGCAUCCCUUGGACCACGAGAAGAAAGCAGUCGUCGCGACCAAGACCACGGUCGCUGGAUAUCUCGCUCAAGUUGCCAGUGAGGCUGCUACAAGCAUUCCAUUCGAGCAAACAGGCAUACAACAAAUUUGCAACGCUAGCCCUGAGGCAAAGAGUGCCGCAGGCAGCAUGCAGACUCUAAUGGUCAUCCAGCCCGUAGAGGAUACUUACAGCACUCACGGCAAGUCCUCCAUGGGCGAGUGGCAGAACACGGUCCAAACUCGCGAGUUCACUACAUACGCAAUCACUCUUGUCUGUCAACUUGAUGGCAAAGUCAGCGGUAUCAGCAACGGACUUCGCGUAGCCUGUGCAUAUGAUCCUCGAGUUGUCGAAAGCUGGAGGAUGGCGAGCAUUGUGGACCAUUUUCUGGCAAUCACACAGGAACUACUGACCGCACCACCGGAUGUUCCCUUGUACCAAAUUGGUGAUCUGCUACCAAUGGACUAUACACAGUUAUUACGAUGGAAUGGCAAUAUGCCCCUGGCUAUCGAUCGCUGCAUCCACGAAUCAAUAUCAGAAAGGCGUACAAUGCAGGGUCAGGCCAUCGCGGUUGACGCAUGGGACGGGCGCUUGACAUACGACGAGCUUAUGAAGCAUGCCGCCAACCUUGCGACACAUUUGUUGGAUCUAGGGAUCAAACAGGGCACCAUCAUUCCCUUCGCAUUUGAUAAGUCUGUGUGCACUAUCAUCGCAAUGAUGGCCGUGCUCCAAGCGGGUGGUGUCCUGUUACCACUCGAUCCGAAACACGCCCCAGAACGUCGCGCGAGAAUUCUUGAGCAGGCUCAGGUACGCGUCAUCUUGGCUGGAGGAAGAUACUCGGCCACAAACUUUGGUGAAGGGCGACAAGCCAUUAUUGUCACACAGGGACUUUUGCAAGUCAUUCAGAAAUCCAGAAAGGACUCAACGCCCAUGGCCACAAAGGUAUCAGACCCAUCUUCAGCGGCUUAUAUCAUCUUCACAUCGGGCACCACAGGCCAGCCCAAAGGUGUCUGUGUCUCUCAUCGCGCCAUCAGCUCCAGCGCCUAUCACCAUGGUGCUGCCAUUGGACUGUCUCACACCUCUCGGGUCCUUCAGUUCGCGUCUUACACCUUCGAUGCCUCGAUUAUGGAGAUUUUCACGACCUUGAUGUACGGCGGGUGCGUUUGCGUUCCCUCACCAGAUGAUAUGCUUGGAGAUCUGGCAGGCAGUAUCAGGACUCUGUCUGUCAACACAGCCCUGCUCACGCCAUCUGUGAGCCGUGCCCUGAACGUGAAUAGUGUCCCCACGCUCAAGACUCUGAUCUUCGGCGGCGAGGCCGUGCUCGUAUCCGACGUUGAGCGCUGGACUAGGUCCAUUCCCGUGCUGGUUAACAUGUACGGGCCCACCGAGUGUGCCAUCAUCAGCACUGGAGGUCAGAUCGACUCUACAGCUUGCCCUCAAAUUGGCUCCGUACCCCUGGGAAGAGCCAUCGGCUCUAUCAAUUGGAUCGUCGACCCGCAAAACUUCACCAGGUUAAUGCCUCUCGGCGCCGUGGGCGAGCUUGCCGUGGAAGGACCCAUUCUUGCAAAUGGUUACCUUGAUGAUCCUGUCAAGACGUCAGCAUCAUUUGUGACAAGGCCACCCUGGCCCUGUACUCAUAGCCCUGGCAGAAUGUAUCUCACCGGCGACCUCGUGAGGUACGACAUGAACGGCAACAUCAUCUACGUUGGCCGCAAGGAUAAUCAAGUCAAGCUAAGAGGUCAACGACUGGAGCUCGCGGAGGUCGAGUUCCAAGUCAAGGCCCAAGUUCCUCAAGCGAUUGACGUUGUCGUUGAGAUCAUUGCCGCAAAGGAGCAUGACAUAGCUCCUACUCUGACGGCGUUCAUGAUCAUGGCCGGCGAGCAAAAUGACGCCUCGACUCAUUCAAGAGUGGAAAUGGCCACCAUGAGCAUGCUUGAGGUAGAGGGAAAACUAUCCGAAUGUCUGCCAGACUACAUGGUGCCGUCACUGUGGCUCGUAGCGUCCAAGCUACCACUCACGACAUCUGGGAAGACAGAUAGGCGUGCAUUGCGUGAAGUCGGUACAACUUGCUACAGGCAGCAUUUUUCAACCAAGCGAGACGCCACCGGCACCAUAAAGAGGAUGCCGUCCAGCAAUGCGGAAUGCCUGAUCCAGGACACGUGGUCCCGCAUCCUGAACAUCGAACAGGGCACAAUCGGCCUUGACGACAGCUUCCUGCGUAUAGGCGGAGACUCCAUCACUGCAAUGCAAGUAUCAUCCACUCUCCGCGCUGCAGGACUUCACGUGCCUGUAGCGACGAUUUUGAGACUCAAGACUAUUGGCAAGAUCAUUGGUGUCAUUGAAGCUCAAAACGGCCAGCAAGCAACCUCCUCUGUCGUCAUGGCUACUGGCGAGGGUGCGGAGGUUCAAGAUGUCCCCGAUGGACAAUGCUUCGAGCUGAGCCCUAUUCAGCAGGUCUUCUUCGGGUUUCAAAAUGAUCCCAUGGUUUUGUUUGACCAAUGCUUCUUCCUCCAGGUCAACGCGAGCAUAUCUUUGGAGAAGCUGCAUCGCGCAAUGAGGAUUGUGCUGCAAACACAUGGCAUUUUACGAGCGCGGUUUCAGCAAGACUCGUUAGGGAGUUGGCAGCAAUACAUAUCUUCAAAGGGGGAAGAUUCAUACACUCUCAGGCAAGUAAUCUGUGCAACCGACGAAGACGUUUCGAGUGCCAUCGCCAUGUGCCGCAGCAGAAUCAACAUCACUAGUGGGCCUCUCGUCUCCGGCGUGCUCAUUGAGCACCUCGCCAGCGGUGAUGGACGUUCGAAGCUAUUCCUUGCAGUCCAUCAUCUAGUCAUUGAUCUCGUAUCAUGGAGAAUCGUUCUGCGGGAUCUCGAGAUGCUUCUUACCAGAAACAACACAGAAGAGGACAGGACAGUGGCUCGCAUCCCGACGCCCGCGCUCUCAUUCUCAUCAUGGUCUCGGAUGCAAAAGUCCCACAUCAGCACCAUGUCACCCCAGGAUGCCGGGGGCACCGCCAAGGUACAUAUCCCUGUGCCGAUGCUCAAGUACUGGGACAUGGACAACAAAAGUCAGAUUUUGCAAGACACGACUAGCCAGAACUUUACAUUGAGCGCGGAGAGCACUUCCCUGCUCUUCGGCGCGUGCAAUGAUAUGUUUAGGACCAAGCCCACGGAGUUGAUGAUCGCCACGCUGUUGUACUCCUUUGAGCAGAGCUUCAUCGACAGGACGCCGCCCGCCGUCUGGAAUGAGAGCCACGGACGUGAGACUUGGGACGACGACAUUGACCUCUCAGAGACGUGUGGAUGGUUUACCACCUUGAGCCCGGUCAAUAUCUCGCCACAGAAGCCCGGGGCACCGAACUCAUCUAGCGAGCGUCUGCGUCACAUUGUCCGCGAUACCAAAGACGCAAUGCGCGCAAUUCCAGCAUCAUAUUUUGCCUCGUUAUUCGCGAGCGAAUCUUCCGCGAAACAGUUCAUCGAAAAUCUCCCUGCGGAGAUCAUGUUCAAUUUUAGCGGUGGAUAUGGCCAACUGGAACGCAAGGAUUCGUUGUUCGAGAUUGUUCCUGCUCCACAGGAACCACGGCAAAGAGACAUGGUUUCGAACCACGAGACUUCGGGAUUCAGGCGCCACGCCGUGUUUGAUGUGGUUGCUGGCAUGAGUCGACAGUGCUUAUCGGUAACUUUGGUCAUGCCGAGGAGCGUUCAAGAUCGAAUCACGAAGGCCGGAUGGGUUGGACAAUACCAACAGACUUUGGAAGAUCUGGCACAAGGACUGCUUCCCGAGUUCACCCGUACUAAUUCAGCGAGUUUGGACAUUAGACCUCAGCUCACACUCUCGGACGUUCCUGGCGUUUUUGAAUCAUAUGAAGCCCUCGAUGAGUUUCACAAUGAUGUCUUUCCGAAAUUGGCACAUGUUGAGUCUGUCGACGACAUCGAGAACAUAUUCGCAGUAGCCCCCGCUCAAGAGGGUAUUCUUGUCAGCCAAAUUAAAGACCCGAGGAGCUACCAGUCCCGCCUUCUCUUCAAGAUCCCCUACCCUCACUGUGCAGACAAGACGGCCAGUGCCAGUAGGACAAGCAGCAGCAACAACAUCGACAGCAAAAUUAUUGCGCAGGCGUGGAAGGCAGUCGUCCAGAAACACGACUUGCUCCGAGCGAUCUUCGUCCACCAAUUCCCCGGCAAUGGACGAUCUAUGCAAGUCGUCUUGUGUAGGCCGGUGCCCUGCAUCUCAAUACAUGACCAUGCGAGGAUGCAAGAUGUCAACGACGCGAUGCUGCCAGAGACUGGAGGUAGCCCAGCACCACCAGCUUACGAGCCAAGCGGCCUGCAACACCAUCUCGCAAUCUUUGGAGUUCCUGAAAAUGGCAAGGUGGACUUUUACCUCGUGUUGAACAUCAAUCACGCAAUUAUCGACGGCCACUCAACCUCGGUACUCGCGCAGGAUAUACGGACUGCACUUCUUGCGGCAUUACAAAUGUCGCCCAUUCCAACCAUGGUCGAACAAGUGUCAACAUCGUAUAGGGAAUUUGUCGCUUAUGUCGAGCAGCAAUCUCACCAGCAGGGCGUCUCCUUCUGGACCAACCGCCUCAAGGACUGCGAACCAUGCAUGUUCCCUCAUCUACCAGCGCCACCUGCUGCCGAGCAUCACCACAGUAUUGGUACUACCUCGGUUGCUGUCCCCGGCCUUGACACAGCUCGAAUUCGCGACUUCUGCCGAACCUUGGAGAUCACGCCCGCGAUCGUAAUCCAACUCGCGUGGGCGAUGGUGCUUCGAUGGUACACGGGCAAUCUUACACCUUGCUUUGGUGUCCUGACUUCGGGCAGAGAUCUUCCAAUCCCUGGAGUGCAGCUGAUCAUGGGCCCGCUGAUUGGCGUCACAACCUGCCGUGUUCAGCUCGGAAGAGGAAACGAAGGGGCAGGAAAAGAGUGUAUGAGUGUGGCAGAAGUCUUGGAGAGACUUCAGUCUGAGCAUAUCGAGGGCUUGGCGCAUCAGACUGUGUCGUUGUCCAUGGUGCAUAACGCACUCGGUCUGGGCGAUGCGCCAUUGUUCAACAGUGUUCUAUCGUUUCAGAAAAUGGGUGAGAGUACGAGCGCGGAACCCGCGGGUGGUCAGGAGGAUCUAGAGGUUGAAUUAGUUGGUGGUUACGAUCCGACUGAGUACGAUAUUUCACUCAGGGCCAUCGACAGCCCGCACUCUCUGCAAGUCAUCAUUGACAGCUGCCACGCGAUCGAUGACAUUGAAGCCACUCGCAUUGGGCAGUGCUUUAGUGAUGCAGUCAAUAGCAUCGUCUCAGCCAGCACAUGUCCAGUCCCAACCCUUAGCGUUCUUGGCACUAAAGGGCUCGAGCAGAUAUGGAAGUGGAAUAGCAAAAUCCCUACCACGACAGAUGCCUUUAUUCACGAUCUCGUGGCACAGAGAGCUCGGAUACAUCCAGACAAGACGGCCAUCGUUGCGUGGGAUGGAGAGCUGACAUACCUCGAGAUAGUCCAGCGUGCAAGGUCUCUGGCAAAAAGCCUGCGAGAAGCUGGCGUCAAAGCUCACGAUGUUGUCCCGGUCUGCUUUGAAAAGUCCAAGUGGACGAUUGUGGCGAUGCUGGCAGCCCUUCGAGUUGGUGCUGCUUUUGUCCUGCUCGACCCCUCUCUGCCGAAACUUCGACUACACAAGAUUGUCGAAAUGACCGGCGCUUCCACGGGCAUCGCCUCAAGAUCGGCAUACCCGGUCGUGUCCCAAGUCCUGACUACGACAAUCGUUCUAGACAAACACUUGUCAUUCACAGAUUCCCAUGAUCAUAACAUCCUUAUCACCGAAAGAAGCAGCGACUUUGAUCCCUCGGCUGUUAUGUACAUCAUCUUCACCUCCGGCACGACUGGCGAGCCCAAGGGGACCAUGAUCAGUCACCGCGCUUUCGCGUCAGCCAUUACCCACCAGGCGCCUCUUAUGCGCUUUGGGCCCGACACACGAAUUCUGGAUUUUGCAUCCUAUAGCUUUGACGUUUCGAUCAACACGCUCAUCAUGGUCCUCGCAACGGGCGGCUGCGUAUGCAUUCCCUCGGACUUGGAUCUCAAAAAUAACCUGACAGAAGCCAUCGUGCGGCUUGAUGUCAACACACUAGACCUGACACCCUCAGUCUGCCGUAUGCUUGACCCGAAGGAAAUGCCGGGAGUGCACACAAUGAAUCUUGGCGGCGAACAGCUCCGGGCAAGCGAUAUUGCCAGGUGGCCAGAGCAUAUCCGCAUCCUCAACUGCUAUGGCCCGUCAGAAUGUACACCCACGAGCACUGUUCGAGUUCUCCAGGGUGGUAUCCAGCGCGAGGCCGUCAGCAUCGGCAAGGGUGCAGGAGCAGUGACGUGGGUUGUCGAUCCGCACAACCACAACAUGCUUGCGCCCCUUGGUGGGACUGGAGAGCUGAUCAUCGAGGGACCCAUCGUGGGCGAGGGCUAUGUUGGCGAUUCUCUGCAGACAAGCAAGGCGUUUGUAGCAGAUCCCGAGUUCUUGCUACUCCCACCAGUCCCCUUGCAUGCCCGAAGGCGUGGAACCCGUGUGUACAAGACUGGAGAUCUCGUGCGAUACACAAGCGACGGCAGCCUCAUAUAUCUUGGCCGGAAGGACACUCAAGUCAAGCUUCGAGGUCAGCGUAUAGAGCUUGGAGACAUUGAGCAUCAUGUGCUUGACUGUCUUUCAGUCCAUGGCGUCAAAGAGGUUGUCGCGGACAUCGUUCAUCCCAAGGAUGAUGGUGCAUUGGAACUUCGGCCACAAAUACUUGCCGUCUUUGUCUCCGUACCACCAAACCAAGACAACGUGCUCCGUGCGGACAUUGAGAGCAAUCUUCGAAACCAUGGAGGUAUAGGCGUCGGUGUGCUUUCCGACACCACUGCUUAUGAGGACGGUCUUGGGCGAUCCCUUCCCAGCUACAUGAUACCCAGUGUCUGGUUCGCCAUCGAUACGACCAUGCCGCUGACUAGCUCGGGGAAGACGGAUCGCCGGAAAUUGCGCGAGAUUGGAGCUUCGUAUUCAAUGCUCGAAGUCAACCAAGUGCGUGCCGCAGCUGAUGUCACGGGUGUCAAGGGCACCGGUUCCAGCCAAGAAGUCCACGUUGCCGACGAGGCAAUCCUCCUACGCUCUUUGUGGAGUGAGGUCUUGCAAAUUGACCAGCAAAACAUUGGCCAUCGCGAUAACUUCUUUCGCCUCGGUGGCGACUCCCUACGCGCUAUGGCACUGGUUUCUAAGGCGAGAAAGGUCGGGCUGAGGCUCACCGUCGCACAGAUCUUCACGUGCCCCAGGUUGAACGACAUGGCACUUGAAUGCUCGCUAGCCAGGACCGCAGACUCUCCGAAGGAUCUCGACCAAGAAGCGGAGGACGUGGCGCCAUUUUCUUUGCUGCUCUCGCAAGGUAUUAACGAAGUGAAUGCUUUCACUUCAAGGGCUGCGGAGCUGUGCUCAACCUCUGUGGAAAACGUUGAGGAUGUGUACCCAGCCACGCCUCUACAGCAAGGCUUGAUGGCGCUCACAACCAAGUCACCAGGCGCGUACGUUGUGCAGCACGUCAUGCAAAUCUCAGAGCCCACCGAUAUAAGAAGGCUGAGAUGGGCCUGGAGCGUCGCCGCGCAGCGUAUUCCGAUCUUGCGGACGUGUCUUGUCCAGCUGGACGACGGUGCCAUGAUGCAGGUCCUCCUCAAGCACGACCCGUUAUCCGAACAGGCAUCCAGCAACUCUUCCUGGUUCCACACAAAUGAUGAACUUGACACAUAUCUCGCAAAAGACAAGACGCAACCAAUGCAGCUUGGAGGGUCGCUCCUGAGGUUCGCAGUGGUCAAGCAAGAUCCCAGCGGGGGGUCAAGCAUCGACAAUAGAACCCGGAAAACGCAUCUCGUUUGGACCAUCCACCAUGCCCUUUACGACGGGCACGUCCUUCCUGCCGUGCAAAAUCUGGUUCGCGACAUCUACGCUCACGAUGAUUCGGCGUACGCGGCACUGGUACCAGGAAAGCCACAACAGCUAUAUCUGCCCUUUAACAGGUUCGUCAAGCAUCUCCUCGCUCAAGACAAGCACGCCGCCACACAAUUUUGGGCGGACACCUUUGCCCAACUCGACGAUGAGAACAGCGACGAGACCAUCGCCUUCCCACAGCGUUUGCAAGCAGCAGACAACAACAACGGAUCUGCCUUCUCCAUUUCAUCGACAUUCGCGAUACCAAACACAACGAGUAGCCGUGAAUCAGGCUUCACACUCGCCACGGUACUCCGCGGAGCAUGGGCACUGGCAGUCCGCAAUGUUACAGGCGGCAGCGGCGGCCCGCGCGACGUCGUAUUUGGCGCGACGGUCUCGGGUCGCAGUGCAGCAGUUCCCGGCAUCGAGGAUGUCAUUGGGCCAACCAUUGCCACCGUUCCGGUCUUGAUUAAAGUGCCAUCUUCAGGGUCCACAGAUGAUCAAGGAGGAGACGGUGACGAAGGGACUGUAGCAGCUUUCCUGGGACGCGUGCAGGAACACUCCACGCAAAUGAUUCCCUUUGAGCAGUUCGGCUUGCAAAACAUCGCGAAGGUCUCCGGCAAUGCAGCCAGGGCUUGCCACUUUCAGACGUUGCUCAUUAUCCAGCCGCACGAGGAGGAAUCACAGAGCGAUAAUGGAGUAGUGGGGAAUGAUAUUUGGACAAAUGUGGAACCAUUGACAGAGCAGGCCAACGGCGCUCUUGGCGGCGAGGCCUCGAGCACGUAUCCUCUGACUGUAAUAUGCCGCCCUUCUGCUUCUGGAGAAGAGGUCCAUGUUGCAGUCUCUGUUGCCGACUCACGGGUUCUGCCGGACUGGCGUGCGAAGAUAGUGUUGAGCCAGUUUGAACAUAUGGUAGGGCAGUUGCAGGCCGCCUUGGGAGCCGAAUGUGGAGGACAAGGAAGUCAGGGCCAAGGAGCGCACAGAUCUGCCCUACUCAGCCACGUUGACAACCUUCCUGCCAUCCAGCGAGAGGAGUUGUGGAACUUGAACCGGGAUAGUCUUCCACCUACCGCUGGCCGCACCAUUCACAGACUGUUUGAGCGCGUUGCUCGAGAGGACCAAGACGCUUGUGCGGUGAGUGCUUGGGACGGCGAGAUGACGUACUUGGAGCUCGACAGGACAGCAUCACGACUCGCUCGGCAAAUCGUUCGAUGGCUGCCAACUACGGCGCCAGGACAGCAGAUCUUCGACAGUGGCGUUAGUCCUAUUAUGAGCGUGCCACUACGUUUCCGGAAGUCGAGAUGGGCAGUCGUGGCGAUGCUGGCUGUUCUCAAGGCGGGUGCUGCAUUUGUACCACUUGAUCAUACACAGAGCAUGGAAGCCACAGGGCGGGUACUUGAACAAGUACAUGGUAGCAUCCUCCUGACCUCGGAGGAUCUUGAAGAGGCGACAAGUACGGCCGGUGAGCGCCAUGGCCGAAAGGUUGUAGGUGUUGGGCCACGCCUCAUGGCGGCUCUCGAACUUCACGGGGAGGAAGAGGAUCGUGAGUUUACCCUAGAGAAUCGCAGAGCCGGCCCGGAUUCAGCAGCAUACAUGAUCUUUACCUCGGGCAGCACCGGCGUGCCCAAGGGCGUGAUUCUCGAGCACCAGGCUGUGGCGACCAGUUGUACAGAGCAUGGCAAGGCCAUUGGAUCUUACCGCAGUCACAAAAGGCGAGUCCUACAGUUCGCCUCGUAUGCAUUCGAUGCUUCCAUACAAGAGAUCAUCACCACGUUAUUGUUCGGCGGCACUGUGUGCAUUCCGUCUGACGAUAACCUUCGGAACAAUCUGAGCCAGGCCAUAUCCGACAUGAAGGUCAACACUGCUUACCUGACGCCUUCCGUCGCAAGACUCAUCGAGCCAAAGGAGGUGCCUGGUCUGAAGACACUCAUGCUUGCUGGUGAGGCAUCGACCAUUGCAGACUUUGCACGAUGGCGCCGCCCAGGCCAGGUUAUGCUGCAUGGCUAUGGGCCAACAGAAUGCGCUGUGCUGUGCUGCGUCGAGCGCGUGGAUCUCGACGACGAGAAUGCGAGCCUGGACCCGAGCUGCAUGGGCCGACUUGUCGGCGGUCGUGGAUGGGUCGUCAAUCGAGACGACGACGGGCAGCUUUUACCGCUUGGUGCUAUCGGCGAGCUUCUUGUGGAAGGGCCGAUCCUGGCCAGGUCGUAUCUUCACGACAAGCUCAAAACAGCGGCAGCCUUUAUUCGCGAGCCAUCCUGGCUCAUGCAGCUCACCCAAGCAUCAGCAACACAAAAAUGGCGGGAUGCAGACUCUGUUCGCCCUGUUCGCAUGUACAAGACUGGCGACCUCGUCUGGCAAGAUCCUGAUGGCAAGCUGCACUAUGUUGGUCGCAAAGACUCCCAGGCCAAGAUCAACGGGCAACGCAUUGAACUCACUGGAGUUGAGACCGCCGUGUUGCAAUCAUGCACGCGUGCUACACAGGUUGCGGCUGAUAUCAUUAGUCCUCUAGGGGAGAUCGGCGGCAAUCGGUUGCUUGCAGUGUUCGUCGUCCUUGAUGGACAACGCGGUGUUAAAGACCCCACAACAACAGCCGGUCGCGGCAGCACACCGAAGGACGACUUGAACAUCAAGAUAAUGAGUCCCCCUCCACACGCCGUUGAGUGUCUUCGCGAACGCGUCCCCCGAUACAUGAUCCCCUCGGUGUGGUUUGUAGUAGACAAAAUACCGCGAGGUAUCUCCGGCAAGACGGACCGCCGCGCGCUUCGAAGGGCCGGGUCGUCACUGUCCAAAAAUCAGCUUGCGGCUCUGUGGAAACAAGAGAAUCAUGAACGAGGCUGCCAAAGCAGGCCGCCUGCCACGGACAGAGAGCGCCAGCUGUGUGGCAUCGUUGCUCGUGUGCUCAACCUUGAUACCGCAACCGUGGGUCUUGAUGACAGCUUCUUCCAGCUAGGGGGAGACUCCAUCACAGCUAUGCAACUAUCAUCGGCUGCUAGGCGGGAUGGUUUCAACAUUACGGUCCGCACGAUCAACCAGCUCAAGACCGCAGGGCUGAUGCUGGAAGAAAUCGCCAAGGAGAACCCUGCUCCUAUUCCUGAGAAUGAGAACAAAGUUUUGCUUGAGGCUUCCAAUGGCACUGGCAACGGCGACGUGGAGCAAAUCGUCCCUAUGUCUCCCAUCCAGCAGUUGUUCUUCUUGUACCAGCCAGAUACAUCUGUUUGCUUCGAUCAGUACUUCUAUCUCCAGCUGAAGACGACAAUAACUUAUCCUGCACUACAAGAUGCAAUCAACAGAGUCUUGCAGGCUCACCCUAUCCUCCGGGCACGCUUCCGGCAAGAACCUUCUGGAAACUGGGAGCAGUUCAUCCCAGCGCAACACCAGCGUCAGCCAAUCGAAGUCGGCAUCCUCCGGUGUGCCGACUACCAUGAAGUCGCCGCCGAGAUCAAGCGAGUGAGAGCUUCCCUUGGGAUAACAACGGGUCCGGUCGUAGCGGUGGUCCUGUUUGAGGUUGAUGGCGCGCAAUCCGUCUUCAUCACAGUGCACCACCUCGUCGUCGAUCUGGUGUCCUGGCGCGUCAUUCUCGGUGACCUAGAAGAGCUUCUGCACGUCGGCGCGUCUGCCCCCAAGACCAAUGUUUUACUACUUCCGACCACGUCUUUCGCGGCUUGGUCUACCCGACAAGCACAACGAAGGGAAGCUCUCGUUCACCGUCCGAAAGCGGUGGCGGCUGCGUCGCAACCGCCUUCAGUACCCAAGUCAUACUGGUACUGCGACAACACACUCAAUGCUAGUCCAAGACCCGACACAGAGGCGACGAUGUCCUUUACGCUUGACGAACAGUCCUCCGAGGCCAUCCUAGGUACUUGCACGGAGUUCUUCCAGACACAGCCAAUCGUCCUGAUGCUGUCGGCAUUGCUUUAUUCCUUCGCACAAACAUUCCCCGACAGGCACUUGCCAACCGUCUUCAACGAAGGACACGGACGCGACAAUCCUGAUGACGACGAUUUCGACCUUUCUCGUACCGUCGGGUGGUUCACCACGCUUUAUCCCGUCCAUGUCCCAUCUCCACAGCUCCUGUGUGAGAGUGAGCGAGACCACCUCGGCCGCCCCUCUGAUCAACUUAGCCACCUCAUCGGCUUUGUCGCACAGACCCAGGAAGCGAUCACCGCAGCCACACAGGAUUGCGGCAAGGGGUCGGCAAGCCGCGAUUAUCUCCACUCUCGCUUUGCCAAUGCAGACACUGCGCGGCAAUUCGUUCAACACGAGCUUCCAGCCGAGAUCGUCUUCAACUACGGCGGCGUGUACCAGCAGCUCGAGCGCGAGGAGGCGCUGUUCCAAGCCACAUCGGUGGCGGAGAUGGCAGCUGCGCAGACGAGCCGAGCCGCAGACGAGACCCAUCGCAGCACUAAUGCCACGGCAGCAUUCGACAUCGAGCCGCCCUCCGCAACAAGGGCAAGACAAUAUGCCCUCUUUGAGUUUGUCGCCGGCGUGGCCAACGGUCGGCUCGGCAUCUCGGUACUCUUUGACGGCUCUCGUCUGCGACGGGAGCAACAUGUUCGUGUGAAGGCGUGGUUCGCAUUGUAUGAGAAGGCGCUGCAGAGGCUUGCCCAAGAGCCUGCCAUGGCAGCGGGCAGGUCGCUUGUUUAA